AUGAAUACCAAAGAGAACAAUUUACGCCAACAAUCGUCAAAUCGCGAUCGCGAGGACAUCCUGAAGGCGGCCACGGCCGCCGCUGCCGCUGCCGCUGCAUUAGGCGCAGUGGCCACUGACGGGGGAGCUGGCGCCAGCAGCAGCAGCAACAUCAGCAACGGCAGCGGCGGCGGUAGCGAGUCCGGGAGCGUUCCGCUGCCGCCACUGAUGUCGUCGGGAGGAAGCGGCUCACAUGCCAUGGCCACGCCGUCAGUGUUACGCAGGAGCAGCGCUGCUAGCAGCGCUGGCGACAGCGGCGGCUGCGGCGCCUCCGCUGCCAUCCUCGUCGGACCGUCUGCUCCGCUCCAUGUCGCCAAGUUGCAAAACUCGGCAUGGGCCGCGGACGCGGCUGCUGUCGUACGACCACCGACCGCCGCCAUCGGCAGCGUCAGCGGCGGCGGCGGGGCGGCAGGUCCGUACGUCUUCCGCAACACUGGCCGUAGCGCGCUGCUGGCGGCGGCGGAGGUGGGCCUCAUAGGGGUCAGCUCUCUGCCCACGCCAUCCCCGACGGAACAGUUCGGCACGCCGUACCGGUACGGCGCCGUACACUCCUCGCGACCGCGAGUUGUCGAAGCCCUAGCGGAGGGCGAGAUCGGCAGCCUUGCGUGGCGCAUCAUCGUGCGCUACUGCCGACGGCGAAUGAUGUCCGCCGUGUUCCGGUGUUGGCUGGGCCAGAUACAUCGCCUGCACACCGCGCGCGCCGCCGCCGAGGCCAUGCGCUGCAAGUCCCAACUCGACCUCCUCAUGGCCGCCUUCACCGGCUGGUUGCACAGGGUGUGGCUCCGCCGCCAGCAGCGCCGAAACCUGGCGCGUGCGGCGCGGCGGCGGCUGCGGGUCUACCUGGCGGCGUGGCGGGAGCAGAGCGCUGCCCAGGCGGAUGCUUACAGGCUGUGGCUGCUUGAGCAGGUGGCGGCGGCGUGCCCCCAGGCGCUGGCGGAUGAGGGCCGCAGCCUGAUGGGGGUGCUACUGCGGCGACAGGAGGAGCACCAGGCGCGUGUGGAGGCGCGACAGCAGGGGGAAACGGCUGUGGAGGCGGGGCAGGAGGAGGAGGAGGUGGAGGCGGAGGAGGGUGAGAACGCCUUCGCGGCGAAGGCGGAGGCGGAGAUGCAGCAUGGAGAGGAGGAGGGGUUGGAGGGUGAGGCUGUGCUAGGUGACGAGGUCGAGCAGGAGGCGGAGGGGGUAGGGGAGGGAGAGGAGGUGGAUGGCUGGGGUAAGGUGGCGGGAGCGGUCAGCGGUCCGGGCAUUGAGAUGGACCUCAGAGCGAAAGUGGAGUUGGAGGUGGACGUGGCGAUGGAGAUGGAGGCGGCGGAGGACGCGGAGGCGGAGCGGAAGGAACUUGAGCGCAGGGCGGCGGAGGCGGAGGCGGAGACGGCGGAGGAAAUUGGAGCAGUGUGGGAGGAAGCGAUGGGUGAUGCAGCUGCCGGCAUCUUGGCAGCGGCGGAUACGGAGUUCAGGGGAGUUGGGGACUUGGCGAAGGUGGGCGGGAGGUUGGGGCUGGUCGGAACCGGUGAAGUGGUGUCGGCGGGGUUGGGUUCGGAGUUAGGGCUAGCGGCGGGGGCGGCGGCGGCGUUGGCGGCGGCGUUGUCAGGUGGUAGUGUGGAGGCGGCGGCUGAGGUAGAUGAGGUGGGUUGGGAGGCGGCGGCCGGGGUUCAGGAGGACCGCGCCGACGGCGGCGGCGGUGGUUGGGUGCUGGAGCCUGUGUUAGGUGAGCGAUUGGAGGGCGCGGCGGCGGCUACGGCUGGCGCGGAGUGGGGGGCGGCGGCGGAGGAUCCCGUGGGUGAGGAAGCCUCGCUGCGUAUGGGCCGGGCUAAGGCUGCUACGGCGGCGGCUACAGCAGCGGAAGAAAGCUGGAUAAACGGCGGACCAGAGUCAGCCCCGUCACUGCGACCGGAAGGGGAGGUGACGGAGACGGCGUUGGUAGGGGCGGCUGAGGAAGGGGGUAGAAGCACGAAUCUGCCCGAGGGUGAGGGUGAGGGUGCGGAGGGUGAGGUGGGGGGGGGUCCGGAGCGUCAGUCUGGGAGCUAUUUGUGGACAGGAAAGGUGGUGGAGGAGGCGGAGGACGGUCAGGAGCUUGAUGUGAUGGAAGAGGAGGAGGAGAACAACGGUGCCAGCCGCGCCGCAGAUGUCCACCUGUCGGCGCAGUCAGGGUUGGGGCUGUUAGCUCCCGAAGAGGCUGGGCUUUGGCAAGCGGCCGACGUAGGGCCGACUGCGAGAGGGGCUGUAGAGUCGGGGGUAGCGGGGUGGGGUGAGGAGGCUGACGGGGCGGGGGAAGUGGGGGGGGAGGGGACCCCCAGCGAGCAUAGCACCAGCCUGGUGGGAAGGUGGGAAGCCAGCGUGGGCUACUGGCGCGACGGCCCCUCGCCGUCACCGCCGUCGCCGCCGCCGCCGCCACAUCUGCAAGCUAACGAAGUGGAGGAGCUGCCGCCUCACGACGGCGGGAGCUAA